AAAAAGCUCCGCAAUGCAGUGGCCACGCUUAAUAUUCCUGGUCGGAUUCGCAGCCCUCGGUCCCACAACCGACGGAAUCGUCUACGUCCGUACCAAGAACGAACGUGGCCCAACGGCGAUCCAAGCCGGCAUAAACUGUCUGGAAUUGCUCACCGGAGCGUACUUUUACCCCACGGAAUCCGUACAGAUCCAGAACAUUGUGGUGUUUCAUCUGCAUAACCUGAGUUCACCGUCGCGGGAGAUUGAGCUGGGAUUCCUGCAGAACCAUCACACGGGCUAUCACGAGGAUCUUGACGGGCGGAAAACUCAACACUUUCAGCUGAAGAUGAUGUCGGACAAGCUUCCGCGGAGCAGCAUCCGCAAGCAGGCGUUCAUCGAUUACAAGCUUAUAGAUUACUACGUAAUUGUGGUGGACGAGUUCGAGAAACUGGAGCGGGCAAUGUCCUACAUAAGCCUGGCGUACGCCUUUAACCCGCGGGGGAAGUACGUGGUGCUGUACAAUAACCCCAACAACCGAGACCUGGACGAUCGGUUUGCGCUGGAGGCGUUGAAUUUCAUGUUUAUCAAACAUCACUCGGUGAACGUUCUGGUGGCCUUUGCCAUCGACAUGAUGAGCUAUGCUGUGUACACGGGUGAUCCGUACCACGGCACGAGGAUGGAUUGUGGCCGGAUGAAGACGUUGAAGAUUGCGAUGGUACAGAAUGGGACGUUUAGGAACGAGGCGUUGGCUAUGGAGAUGAUCAGGAUGUCAAAGGUUCCGCCGGAGAUGGAGUCGUGUACGUUUUUGUUCUGCACGAGGGAAGCGGCACCGUUUAUCAAUGCUGGGUGUGAGACGGGGUUGGAGAUUCAGAUCAUGCACCUGCUGCAAGAAUCGAUGAAGUUUAACGUCAAUGUUUCAUGCAGUACGAUGGAGCGGGGUGAACUUGAAGAUGACGGAGUUACCUGGUCGGAUUUGCUAGGGUUGAUGCGCGAUGAUGAGUGCGACUUGAUAGCUGGGGCGUUCUAUCCGGACUAUGACGUGCAUGCAGAUUUUGCUGCUACUACUUUGUAUCUGCAGGAUUACUACACCUGGUUCGUGCAGACCGCAGGUCUUCAAAGUCGAUGGAAGGUACUGCUGGACAUCUUCGAGAUCUCCACGUGGGAAUUGUUUGCGCUGGUCUUGUUUGUAUGCUCGCUUACGUGGUUCCUGUUAGGUACAGCUCUUCCAGAACUAAGACCGCACAAGUGUUUCUCCACCUGUAUCUUGAACACGUGGUGUGUAUUCCUGGGAAUCUCUACCAACAAUAGACCUAACAGCAACUCGCUGCGAAUCUUUUUCGUGGCACUAGCUCUCUACUCUAUUAACGUCACCACAAUCUAUACGUCUCAGCUCAUCAACGUGUUCACUUCCCCUCCCAGAGAGCACCAAAUCGACACAAUCGAAGAGAUCCUCAACAUGACCACCCCGAUCGGAGGUCGCAUGGAGUACGAGGACUGGUUUGAGAACGCCGAUGAAGACGAUCUGCGAGUUUCCGCGAGGUACAGCAACUCGGACGAGUUUCAACCGUCGGAGGCCAACAUGCGAGCGGUCGCCAAAGGAAGGCGUGUUAUUCUGGCGAGCCGCGCAUACGUUCGGAACAGUCACUAUUACGGGGAGGUGCACGGAUUGACGAAAGACGUGUUUGCUACGCAGAUCGAAAUGAUCAUGGAGAAGGGAUUCCCGUUGCUUCCAAAGUUCAAUCGGAUUAUUUCCAACUUGAACGAUAUGGGCAUUACGGGGAAGCUGUUUCAGGACUUUAUCUUCAACGUUACGAUUCUUCAUAAAAUCCAAGAUAUUAUAUCACCAGAUGAAGAUGACGACCUGGAGGUACCUCCCAACGAAAUCGUCCUCACGUUGGAUCACAUGCAGAGUGCGUUCUCGACCUUCAUGAUGGGAAUUGUGGUCAGUUGCGUAGCUUUCCUCUGCGAACUUUUGACAAGUUGCCAGCGAGCUAGAGAUGUUGGAUCAAAGAUUUCUUCUCGAUGGAACUCCACUCUCGUUCGUCUCAAGCUUAAAGAACCCAAGAAAAUGGGUUUGAAAAUCCGGAAAAGAAGACACGUCCGAGCUCGCCGAAGGCGAACCAAAAUGUUCUAUUGAACAACCACGCUGAAAUAAAUAAUUUAAAUUUGAUCCAUAAAUUCUCCCAUUUUUGCCAAGGUCUGGGUUGCCAUAAAGGGUCCUCCUCCUCCUGGAAAAGCAUCGAACAUCGAACUUGUCCACGCCAGACCACAUUCAUAUGAGGAACUAUCGCGGGAGGAGAAAAACAAAUAAAAUCGUCUUUACGACAAUUGCGAUCUGUAUGAUAAAUUGUCUGCACUUUUCCUCGUCGAAUCUGGCAGACACGAGAUUUCGGCGAACCGAGGGGGAAAAACCCCCCAAACUAUAAAAAUGACAAAUCACCGUAAUUAAAACUGUAUAAAUUAGAUAAA